AUGGGGCUUUGUGCCAUUCUCUACCUGAACGACGACUUUGAAGGAGGAGACUUCAUCUUCACCGCACUCGACGCGGAGACCGUCACGGCGGCGGUGAGUCCGCGUUGUGGCCGCCUGGUGGCGUUCUCCGCGGGCAGCGAGAACCCGCACGGGGUCCGCGCCGUGACCCGCGGGCGCCGCUGCGCACUCGCGCUGUGGUUCACCUUCGACGUGGCCAGCCGGAGAUGUUCUCCGAGGAGGACGCCCUGCAGCAAAUCCGCACGGAGGGGGAGCAGCAGAGGGACGAGCUCUGAGCAGAGCUCACGACACCCUGCACCUCGCACACGACACCCUGCAGCUCACUCACGACACCCUGCACCUCGCACACGACACCCUGCACCUCACUCACGACACCCUGCACCUCACACACGACACCCUGCACCUCGCACACGACACCCUGCACCUCACUCACGACACCCUGCACCUCACACACGACACCCUGCACCUCGCACACGACACCCUGCACCUCACUCACGACACCCUGCACCUCACUCACGACACCCUGCACCUCACACACGACACCCUGCACCUCACUCACGACACCCUGCACCUCACACACGACACCCUGCACCUCACACACGACACCCUGCACCUCACUCACGACACCCUGCACCUCACACACGGCGCCCUGCACCUCACACACGACACCCUGCACCUCACACACGACACCCUGCACCUCACACACGACACCCUGCACCUCACUCACGACACCCUGCACCUCACUCACGACACCCUGCACCUCACACACGACACCCUGCACCUCACACACGACACCCUGCACCUCACACACGACACCCUGCACCUCACACACGACACCCUGCACCUCACUCACGACACCCUGCACCUCACACACGGCGCCCUGCACCUCACACACGGCGCCCUGCACCUCACACACGACACCCUGCACCUCACACACGACACCCUGCACCUCACACACGACACCCUGCACCUCACUCACGACACCCUGCACCUCACUCACGACACCCUGCACCUCACACACGACACCCUGCACCUCACACACGACACCCUGCACCUCACUCACGACACCCCGCACCUCACACACGGCGCCCUGCACCUCACUCACGACACCCUGCACCUCAAUCACGACACCCUGCACCUCACUCACGACACCCUGCACCUCACACACGGCGCCCUGCACCUCACACACGGCGCCCUGCACGAGACGCCCUGCCGAAAGAAACCACCUUUUGUAAAAAAUACAGAAUCACAGAAUAAACCGCGCGAUGGCAUCGCGCC